AUGUACUACACCGCUAUGACUGCAGCAGCGCUACUACUCAGCAAUGUGAACGCGCAUGGUUAUCUGGGUCUGCCGGCUGUCACCUUCCCGAACGACGUCGACAAGACCCAGUUCAUUGCGACCAUCGAGUCAAGCGCUUCGGGCUUCUCAGGUUCGUUCAGUGGCUCGCCCGCGGAGAAUACGGCAGCUUUCUGGACGGCUUUCAACUCGAGCCAGUACUCGUCAAUCAAGGAGUUCGUGACGGAUUUGGGGCAGAUCGUGGCGAAUGGGGCCAACAUCGAGUGCGGCCUCACCGACCCAGAUGAGACCCCACAGCCCCUUCCGGACGAGCUGGAGUGGACCCACUCGGACACGGAGGGCUUCACUUCAUCGCAUGAAGGUCCUUGCGAGGCCUGGUGCGAUAAUACCCGCGUGUUUCAAGACACCGACUGCGCGGCUCACUAUACGACAGCUCCGGCCAAGAUGCCCUACGAUAAGGCGGGGUGUUCGGGUGCCAGCCGCUUGACCUUUUAUUGGUUAGCGCUCCACUCUAGUACGUGGCAAGUGUACGUCGACUGCGCAGCGCUUGAAGGUGGUAGCGGCUCGUACACUCCUUCCCAGUCGAACUCCACCACCAGCGGAUCAACGGGGCAGUCCAGCACCCCGACGGUCACCACUGCCACCUCGACUGUCACUACUGCGACUCCGACGGUGGCUACAACAAAGCCUUCCGUCGCCACGACAACUCCAAGCACCGGCAACUCUGUUUCUGGUAGCGGGGAGGAGGAAGACUGCGGCUCGCUUGAUGUUGCGGGGAGUGACGAAGAGGAGGAAGACUGUGGAUCGUUGGAUCUUGCCGGCAGUGAGGACGACCAGGUCGCCGGUGACGCAGACACAAUUGAAGAGGACUGCGGGUCGCUGGACGUCGCUGGCAGCGAGGAAGACGAAGACUGCGACUCGCUUGACGUUGCCGGUAGUGAGAAGGACGACAACGCCACUCUCUCGGAAUCGUCGCUGAACUUUGGUGAUGUUGAUAGUAGCUACCAAAGCGGCAAGGUCCAGGCUCCGGUGCAGUACUAG